AAGGCCCGAUUGAGCUUCAGGGAGGUCUUCUUUUCAGGGAAACAGGGUAACAACUCCCCUGUAUACAACCUGUUGGUGAUAAGCAGCAGGGGCCAAAAGGAGCAGUUUCCAAAAUCCAGGUAGAUUUCUGUUUGGAAGAAGAAAGAUUGCAAAGAAAAGGAAGGACAAAUCUUGGCUACUUGUGGGGGCCAAAUGGGGACUCUGUGCACUUAGAAAGGGCUAUAAGGCACAAUGAAGCGGCAUAUAAGUCUAAGUCAAUCCGCUGUCUUGAUCUGAUCCACUGUUGUUUUGUGUUUGGGGCUUUCUCACCUCCUCCUCUUUCCCACGUCCUUCCCUGGAGUGUCGGUUUCAUCCCCAGGCACAGCAGGAGCUGUUGGUAGAGAUGGAGCUGGGCAGCCUGUCAACCAGGGAGUUGCAGAUUUUUUUCUGCACUGGAGCCUGAUGUUUUGCGGGAGGAAGCUUUGCAUUCAAGAGGUGCAAGAGUUUGGUCUUCAUCGAUACUUUGAAAUAUUGGAUGAAAUGUAACAGUUAAAAUAAGUAAAGAUUACAUUCAUUUUAGAAGGCAAUCUUAUUCCUUCAAUUUUGCAUUAUCUCACUACAAUGACAAUGACUAACAGGGUUGCUUUCAAUUUGCAAAUUCCCUUUUGAAUAAUUUUUAGCUAAAAAUGUACAAGGUGCACAUUGAUAUCUUUGGCAGCUGAGCUGGCAUAAUGGAAUGAGUGGCAUGCGGGACUUCUAAGGUGAAUCGGAAAUCGGAAAUCCUUUGGUGUCCCACCUGAUCUUUCUUCCGUCUUCUGUAAGAAGCUCCUGACUUUCAAAUACGGGGUGGAGAUUGGAGCUCCUCGGGCACUUUCACCUUUCCUGCUUGGGAGAGCUGUCUGAAAAAGGUGGCAUUUGCCAUCAACAUCGACAAAGACCAGCAAGUUGAAAUGGCUCCAAGCAUCAGUGACAAGAGUUUGAGCAAAAGAACAGGCUAAAGCUUGUUGCAUGGGGAAGUGUAGGAAGAAAAUACAUUGGAUCCAAAAUAGGAGCAGCUGCAGCUGGUUGUACCCCAAAGUGCUGAAGAGAUCAAUUACCUUCCACCUUUGAAGAGGACAAACUCACCCUGGGCCUUUGCUCAUCUGUUUAGGAGAAUGGCUUCCUCCAAGACCACUAGAACUGCUGGGUUAGCGGAGAAAAUGCAAGUUUGUGUAGAAGACUUGUCACAUCAAGUACAUCCAUCAGGAAGGAGCUUCUGAAGGAAGUAGAUGCAUGGCUGGAGCUCAUUUAGGAGUGCACUUGAGGAAUGCUUAAAAAGUGCCCUUUAUAUCUUACCAUGGAAAAGUUUCUCCUCUGCCUUCUGAUGACGAGCACCAUGGCUGUGAGGGCCCUGAUGUGUCCCAUGCGCUGCAGCUGCCAGAGGGUGUCCCCCUCUUUCACCAUCCUCUGUACCAAGAAUGGGCUGCUCUUUGUCCCUCCUGCCAUUGACCGACAGACAGCAGAACUCCGACUGAUGGAUAAUUUCAUCACGACUUUGCGAAGGAAGGAUUUUGCAAACAUGACAGACCUGAUCCAUUUAACGCUAUCACGAAAUACAAUCAGUCAUAUUAUGCCUUAUGCGUUUUUUGAUCUUAAAGGUCUUCAUGCAUUACACCUGGAUAGUAACCGCCUCACUUAUAUUGAUGAGGAUCACUUCAAAGGAUUGAUCAACCUUCGCCACUUAAUUCUCAGUAACAACCAGUUACAUUACAUUUCACCUGGAUCUUUUGAUGAUUUCAUUGACAUAAUUGAGGAUCUGGAUCUAUCCUAUAAUAAUCUUGUUAAGGUCCCCUGGGAAACGGUCGGGAGGCUUUCCAAUGCCAAUACUAUUAGUUUGGAUCAUAACCUCAUAGAUUUUGUCCCUGAAGGCAUCUUCUCCGACCUUCACAAACUGGCUCGGCUGGACAUGACUUCUAACCAGCUGAGGAAGAUCCCCCCCGACCCGCUUUUCUCCCGCAUCCCUGUCUAUGCCAAGCCCAAGGGUACCCCUCUGUCGUCUCUGGUAUUGAGCUUUGGAGGGAACCCGCUGCACUGUAACUGUGAGCUAGUGUGGCUACGGCGCCUGACUAGGGAAGACGACCUGGAAACCUGUGCCUCCCCCCCCGAGCUGAUGGGCAAGUAUUUCUGGUCUAUUAAGGAGGAGGAAUUUGUCUGUGAACCACCCAUGAUCACUCGCAGAACAGCAAAGCAAGUGAUCACGGAAGGACAGAGGGUCUCCUUGAAGUGUAGAGCAAUGGGUGAUCCAGAACCAUACAUGCGCUGGAUUUCACCAGGGGGGAAAUUGGUCUCCAACACUUCCCGAACAAUUUCCUAUGAGAAUGGGACUUUGGAUAUUUUAGUGACUUCCAUAGAAGACCAGGGUACGUAUACUUGUAUAGCAUCCAACGCUGCAGGGGAGUCCACUGCACCCGUUGAACUUCUGGUCAGCCCAUAUCCUUAUCUUGCUAACAGCACGAACUCUGGCAAAGAAGCUGAGCGGGGUCCAUCGGAUAUCCUCAUCUCAGCCAAGUCCAGCUUCUCUAAUGAAACCAAAUCUCUCCAAGAGAGGAAAGUGGCCAUUGCUGAGCUGACCUCGUCCUCUGCCCUCAUCCAGUGGCCUUCGCAGCACCAUAUUCCUGGGAUGCGAAUGUUCCAGAUCCAGUACAACAGCUCUGCUGAUGAUAUCCUGGUGUACAGGAUGAUCCCGGCUUCUAGCAAGUCUUUCUUCCUGACCGACCUGGUUGCUGGGCGGGACUACGAUCUGUGUGUCCUUGCUGUUUAUGAGGACGGCGUGACUUCCCUGACAGCGACCCUGGUGGUAGGGUGUGUGCAGUUCACCACAGAGGAGGCAUAUCGGCAGUGUCAUUCCCUCCACGCACAGUUUCUUGGCGGGACCAUGAUUAUUAUCAUCGGAGGCAUCAUUGUGGCGUCCGUCCUUGUUUUUAUCUUCAUACUUCUGCUGAAAUACAAAGUUUACAUCAACCACCACAAAACCAAAAACCCUGAAGUGAAUAACGUUUGCUCUCAAACCAACGGUAGUCAAAGUAACUCUCUGGUACAUUCCAGCUCCAAACUGGCUGAAUGGAUCCAGCAAGAACGUUCAAGCUCACCACUCAGAGGCAAAACUAUACCAGACUUCAACUACGAACAAGCAGCCUCUACAGAAGUGUCUGUUUUAAGAAACGAAGCCUUUCCUUAAUAGUUACGCCGGUCCCAGGCAAGAAGCAGUAAAAAAUAACUAGCGGUUGUAUUUAAAGCUUCACUGUCUAUUUUUAAGAUCAGAUGGUUUUAAACACUAUUUUUUUAAUCUGUAAAAGUUCUUGCAUUCUUAACUAUUUUUGUUGCACUAUAUUAAAUAUAAACUGUGAUUUUGAA